AUGUCUUCACUCAACCCAGACAACCCCACAAUAGACAUCUUUCCACCUCUGCAUCGUAAGGAUGUACUUGCAUGCCAAACAUCAGCAUGGUACACUACAUUCCAACGCAAAACUAUCAAGACUACAAUAAUAAAUGCGCUUGGCGAAGAUUUUCGAGCAUAUUUGGAAUCUGAUGGUUUGAUUAUUCCUGAAGGGGCAGAGGAUCACCGCCCAACAGGGGACUUGUCGAGCGACGAGGAAAUGGGAUCUGACCACGAUGAUGGUGAAGAUAGCAGCCCCAUGGCAAGGUUUUCCUUCCCUGAAAUUGAUCAACACAUUCGAAGAGCAAUAUCAUCUUAUGACGCUGUGUUCCCGAAGCUAAACUGGACAGCUCCCAAGGAUGCCGGCUGGAUGCUUUCGUCUGGUGGUCCACUUCGAUGCACGUCUCCCGCCGACGUAUAUUUAUUACUAAAAAGCUCAGACUUUACUAUGCACGAUCUGGAUACCGACCGGAUUUUUGAGGGGUGCAUAGACAACUCGCACUCAAAUAGCCAAGCCACCAAUGGUUUCGGUAAUGGUGUAGCUGACGGAUUAAGCCCUGAUCCCCAUAGUGUCACCUCUGAUUCAAGCGAAACAAACCAUACUGUUCAACUAGAACUUGUUUUAAAAAAGUGGUACGAGAUAGAACGGAGCCGGGAAGUUCGUUGUUUUGUUAGGAACAAUCGAUUACUAGCCAUUAGCCAAAGAGAUCCUAACUUCUUUGAGCAUUUACUUUCUCAAGAAACCCAAAAUUUAAUGCGCUCCACAGUACUCAAAUUCUGGAAUGAAGAGGUUAAAUUCAAGUUUGCUAAUGGCGAAGUCACUAGCUAUGUGAUGGAUUUGCUGUUAACUCGCGAUCUGUCCAGAGCGCACAUAGUGGACUUUAACCCCUACGCUCCCCGAACAGACCCCUUGCUAUUUGAGUGGUCUGAACUAGUGGAACUCCAUACUCGCGCCGAACAAGAAGUAAUAGAGCUGGGAAUUGAGUCACUCAACUUGGAAGAAAGCCCACACACCGGUGGACGAACGGCCUCAGGAAUCGAUCUUCCCUUGCUUCGAAUUGUUACCUCGCCAAACCAAUCUGCUCGCCCAAUGUAUAGUCACAAUAUGAUACCUGCCGACGCACUUAGCGAUAACGCAAUGCGUUUCGCUGCAGAAAUAGCGGUUGAAAUGGCGCAGCGAGAACGAGAAGCUCAGGAAAUAGAGGCAAGAAGGGGCGAGCGCUAA